GAUGACUAGGGAACUCGUGUAUCAAGAAAACUUGCGCGAGUACACGUGUGUGGAGUGAGUAUUUCUUCUCUGACGUCGUUUGGUUUGCUGCUCUGCUUGGUUUGCUGAUCGUGAUCUUCGAGUUCCUUCAAAUUAUUUUUGCAAUAUAAGAUGGGUCCGCGGGGGGCGUCGGGGCCGGCGCCGGGGCCAGGGGCGGGGGUGGCGUACUCGCUGCUGGAGGAGCAGCCGCCGGCCGCCGACCGCAAGCCGCAGGGCGGGCGCUGGCUGCUGUGGCUGCCCGUGCUCGUGGCCGCCACCGUGCUCUACGCGCUCAACAUCAACAACGAGAUGCACUACCACGGCCCGACGCACGGCCACCUGGUGCCCACGGAGGAGGUGCAGUCGCUGCACCGGACGUCCAACUCGUUCCUGGUGGACUCUGCGGGCUGCCGCCUGCCGGCGCUGGACCCGCUGGACCGCAUGGUGCGCGAGUACAUCUUCCAGCCGCAGCCCCUGGACUGCACGCGCGGCCGCGGGCGGGCGCUCGUCGCCUCCAACCUCACGGCGCUGUUCGUGGUGGAGGACGCGCUGCCCGACUACAACGUCACCAGCGUCGACGACCUGUCCUGCUGCUACAGGCCCUUCUGGCGCAAGCCCAACGCAGGGGAUGACGGCAUCGUCGAGGCGCCCAACUGCACGGACUUCUGGCGGGAGGCGGCCGUGGCGGAGGCGUUCGUGCGCGUGGAGUGCUGGGUGGACGGGGCGCUGGUGUACGAGGACCUGCACGCCUUCGUGCCGCUGCUGCCCGAGGUGGAGGGGCGCUGCGCCGCCGCCGCCGCCCGCGAGGCCGCCGCCGAGGGGCCCAACGUGCUGCUGCUGGGCAUCGACGCCGUCUCCAGGCUCAACUUCCACCGCCAGAUGCCGCGCACCGCGCAGCUGCUCGUGGAGAUGGGCGUCAUCGAAAUGCUGGGCUACAACAAGGUGGGAGACAACACCUUCCCCAACUUGGUACCGGCGCUGACGGGCCUGAGGGUGGAGGAGCUGCGCAACGUGUGCUGGCCGGAGGACCGCGCGCCCUUCGACGACUGCCCCUUCCUGUGGAACGACUUCCGCGACGCCGGCUACCGCACGGCCUUCGGCGAGGACGCGCCGUGGAUGGGCAUCUUCAACUACGUGAAGCACGGCUUCAACAAGCAGCCCACCGACUACUACCUGCGCCCGUUCGCCUCCGCCAUCGAGAACCGCAUCGGCCACGCCAAGGAGAUGAACGCCAAGCUGUGCGUGGGGUCGCGGAUGACGGUGGAAGUGCUGCUGCAGUACGUGAGCAAGUUCGCGCGCACGUUCGCGUCGGAGCGGUACAUGGCGUUGUUCUGGGGCGCCAGCCUGUCGCACGACUUCCUCAACUACCCGCGCCUGGGCGACGCGCUGUACGCGAGCGUGCUGCGCGAGCUGCGCGCGUCGGGGGCGCUGCAGCGCACGGUGCUGGUGCUGCUGAGCGACCACGGCAUCCGCUGGGGCGGCAUCCGCAACACGUACCAGGGCCGCAUGGAGGAGCGCCUGCCCUUCCUCUUCUUCGUGUUCCCCGACUGGUUCCGCGAGCGGUACGCCGCCGCCGUGGCCAACGUGGGCCGCAACGCGCGCCGCCUCACCACGCCCUUCGACCUGUACGAGACGCUGCGCGACCUGCUGCGCCCGGCGCAGCGCCUCACGCAGGACGCCGUGCGUGCGCGCUCGCAGGCGCUGUCAGCAACGCCGUCCCCCGCCGCGGACCGGCCGCCGCGCGCCGUCAGCCUCUUCCUGGAGGUGCCCCGCGACCGCACCUGCGCGGAGGCGGCCAUCGACCCGCACUGGUGCACGUGCCAGCAGAGCCAGCCCGUCAACCGCACCAGCCCCAUCGUCAAGAGGACUGCGAAUUUCUUGAUGGAUCACAUCAACAAAAUCGUCUCGUCAUUUCGUCAAUGUGCUCAACUUCUCCUGGCUGAGAUAAAAGAUGUGCAAUUGGAAGUGCCACAGGAAAGGAUUCGUAAAGAAGUAAAGGACACCAGUGUUUAUGAUUACGUUCUAGUAGUGAGAACUGAACCAGGGAAUGCAAUAUUUGAAGCUACUGUACGUCACAUACCAAAGACAAACAAUUUAACUAUUGCAGGAUUUGUGAGCCGUCUAAACGUGUAUGGCUCCCAAAGUGCGUGUGUUAGCAACUUUCAUCUUAAACUUUACUGUUACUGUACUUCUUGACGACAAUUCGUUUUUAUGUUUUCCUGGUGUUAUUUGCGAGCAUGCACACAUCUUUGUACAGCUUUUUGUGAUCCUUUAUUUCUAUUUAUCUUGUUGAAAUGAAAAGAUAUUGUACAAAUGACGAUAUUGUUAUAAGAAUAAUCUAUGGAUUAUUCAUGUUGUUGAUUUAUUGUUUUAUAGAUAUUUCGUUAGCAAGCAAUAAUUUGUUACCAAAUGUUUGAAGGAGAUCAUAUGUUUUUAGUAACGAUACACUUAAGAUCUUCAAGAAAAUAAAUAAUGAAUAAAAAACGUUGAUGAAGCACGUGUGACGCAAAAUUCCAUUUUAUCUAAUUACACCGUUAGUGUGAGAAAACCGAGUGCGGUCCAAGUUCGCACUGCUUUGCUGCAACUGGUUCGGGUUACGGAGACAGUCAAGCACCUACUUUCGUUGGCAUCUUUUUAUUCCAAAACGAUGGGCACAGAAAAAUCUGGUUACAACUUACAAUUGUGCGCCAACUCUUGUCGGGCACCUCCGCUUCUAUUCCCGCUACCAGGCAGGAGACUAAGGCCACGUGCCGCCGGCAGGCACCAGACUCUCGCCCGGGGAAGAAUCCACGCCUUCGCGAUUGUUCUCACUUUUAAGAGAACUUCCCUUGUGCCCGUGCCAAGUGUCCACGUGUGUGAGUGGAUUGACAACUUGUCCGCAAUUACCCGAGUGCUGUUGCUUAAUGCAAAACAAUAUUUAUUACAACUUUAGAAUUUAUACGUGCUUUCCAGCUGCUCAGCACGCGGUACUUCGGCUGAUGUGGUCACAGAACUGUGAUGCGCAGCUGUGGGAUAUAUAACUCGUACGCCGUGCCGCCGCUAUCAACCUAUCUGUCGUCAGAGCCUUAUUUGUCUCUGGGGCAUGCAGAGUGUUAAAAAUGGUUGUUUACAUGGCUGGUUCGGAAAGACGAAAAGGUCGAACACAUGCAUUAAUCAUCCAAAUACAAUUAAUCAAUGAGGUAUAAAAGUUGCAAAACACUUAAUUCAAUGUAAUAAACUAUCCUUUACACCAUCCUUAAACACAAUAUAAGUGCUAGACUUUCUUGCAAGUAACGGGAUAUCAAAUUAAUGAAAAGGGGAGGUGGUAAACACAAAAACUUUAAGACACUGAGAGCCACACACGCACAGCAAUCUAAUGAGCUUGGAACUUUUGUAUGUAUAUACUGAUUAAUGUUGAAAAUGUUUGGCGCACUCGCUUUCAAACCAUCGUGUCGCAAGAAAGGGGAGCUGUCUUCGCACGGAAAAUUGACAUCGAUAUCUCAGGGUUCCGCCAGUCGUCUGCGAGAGUCAAGGUCACAGACGACAGUUAUUUUUCCUACCUAAGCAAGAGUAGAUUUCGAUAGGGGGACUCAAAAUUUCUUUAGAUCUUUACAACUUUUUUUAUUACUACAAGCCUGGGGAAAGUUACCAUGGUACCACUUGCACGAAAAUAACUUCAAAAGAUUUUAAAUAGAUGACUUAAUUUAAGAAAUCAGAGUUUUUUUCUAAAUAAAAAAACAUAUAUUGAAUGAUAAAUUGUAAAAAGCUUUAAAUGAAAAUAGCUGAAAUAUCAGUUGCAAAACAACUUCAACUCCUGG